UCUUUCAUUAAGCAAUCCUCUCUCUAAAUUGCCUCUUCACUUCAAUAAAGCCCAAGCAAGAAUAUUUGAUUUAUCUCUAAAACCCAUUCAUUGAUUGAAAGAUUCUGUCUUGAACCAGCCAAAUUAAGAGAAGAAAAGGUGAAAUCUUUCCCAUUCUCUCUCUUCGAUCGAAUUGGGCCUUUUCUCGAAUGCCUUUCAUGUACACAUUCUUCAUCCCAGAAGAGUUAGAAGAAGUAGAGUGGGAGAAGGAACGAUAGAAAAACAAGAAUAAAGAUCGAAUUUUUAUUUCAAUUUCUCCCCAAUUUCUAGGGAUGUCUACGAGUAUAAUCAACGAUUCAAUGGUGAUGGCUGUAAACGGGCCCUUGAGCACUAUUUCGGGCCAGGCCGAGGUGGAAUUCGCUACGUGCGCCUGCUGCGGGCUUACGGAGGAAUGCACUCUUCCUUACAUCGAGACUAUUCGCGAAAGAUAUGGCGGGAAGUGGAUUUGCGGGCUCUGCGCGGAGGCGGUGAAGGACGAGAUCGUGAGGUGUCGGAAGCUGAUAAGCCCGGACGAGGCCGUGGCCCGGCACAUCAGCUUCUGCAGCAAGUUUCGGGCCGGCGGGCCCCCGGAGGACCCGACGGCCCACCUGAUUCGGGCCAUGGGGAGGCUCAUGAGGAAGGGGCUGGAGAGCCCGAAGUCGGCGCCGUGCAGCCCGAGUAUUAAUAAGCUCGAGAGUAUUAAUAAGCUCGAGCUAGAGGGCGUUGGCGUGUUUACUCGGUCGGAGAGUUGUAUGCCGAGUUUAGCCCUGGUGGAUGCCUCGGUGUAUCGCGGGUUGGAUGAGGGUUGCGAAUGAGGUUUCUAAGGGUAAUAUGGUAAAGUUGGUAUAGUUCAGAUGAAAAAGAGAAAUAAAGAGAAAAAAUAGUACUAAGUUGUUUAGUUGAAAUGCUUAAUUUACGUGUUAGUUUUAGUACUAUGUUUUAGAAUAAUGGAAAAUCUUUAACUUUACAAUAGUUUGAUAUGCUACUAAUUAAAUCAUCUUAUGGUUGGUGUUAUA